AUGCAAGGAUCUGAGGAAUUGGAACAAACCAGUUUUUCUGAUGUUGUUGGUGAUGAACGACAACAAGGACAAGAGGAGUCUCAAAAGACUGUAACCGAGGAUUUGAAGCCUGUUGUAGCCGAAUCAAAGAAAUUGGAAACAGAAGCAAAGGCAAGCACAACUACUACUCCAUCAUCAAAGAGAACAAGUCUUGGAGAGCCACUUCCAAUCAGAUUGGGUCUUGCCGACCAAACUCCAAUGGACCAAUUGAGUGCUGUUGAUGUAAUCAUGUGGAGAAAUUAUUUGGUUACUCUUCCAAUCUUCCUUACCAUUCAAGCUCUCUUCCUUCUCAUUGUCAAGUAUGAAUUUUCCGUUGUUACUCUUGUCGGUAGAAUUAUUUUAGUUCAAGUUAUUCUCUCCAUUGUAUAUAUGGUUGUAUUCAAGAUUGUCCAAAAUAAUCCAAAUCUCAAAUUCCCAUUCGAAGAUGUUCAAAUCAGUGAAGCCCUUGUCAACAAGAUUGUCAGCGGAGUCGUUGCAAACGUCAAUGCUGUCUUAAAGUACUACGUUGACAUUUUGAGUUGUAAGAAUUUGUCCAAGUCACUCUUGUUUGCUUUGGUUGUGCAAAUUAUCUGCUGGCUCGGAAAGAAGAUUUCAGGAACUACUUUCUUAUAUGUUGCUUUGAAUGUCUUGUUCACUCUUCCAUUAAUUUAUGAGUGGAAGCAAACUGAAAUUGAUCAUGCCGUCAGUAUUGGUUGUCAAAAGGCAAAGGAACAAUUGUCUGUUGUUUAUGAGAAGCUUCCUCCACAAGCAAAAGAUUUCCUUUCAAAAUUGGAUUUGGAAAAGAAGAAUAAAUAA